CGCGGAGCCAUUGGCCACGGUCUUCUGCGCAGAUGGGCUCAGUGACCUAGCACCCCAGUCCCCGCCGUCUGUGAUCGAGCACCGAGGCCCAUGCGGGGUCACCGCCGAGGUUUCCACCAGCCCACAAGCAAGAGCAUGGCAGCCAUCCCCUCCAGCAGCUCGUGCAUGGCCACCCACAACUACUACCAGCACCGCCUGGGCUCCACUUCCAGUAACAGCUCCUGUGGAAGUGCCGAGUACCCUGGGGAAGGCAUCCCCCACCACCCCGGUCUCCCCAGAGCUGACCCGGGACACUGGUGGGCUAGCUUCUUUUUUGGGAAGUCCACUCUCCCAUUCAUGGCCACAGUGUUAGAGUCCCCAGAGCACUCAGAACCAGCUCAGGCCUCCACUGGCAUGAUCACCUGUGACCUGGCUCAGGAAGCCAUGGGGAAGCAGCAGCCUGGCGGCCAGCCUGGCCAAACCAACUACAGGCCCCCGUCCUGAGU